AUGCCUCGCUAUGCGCAGCUCGUCAUGGGCCCCGCAGGCAGCGGGAAGAGCACUUACUGUGCCACCAUGGUCCAGCACUGCGAGGCCCUCAAUCGGUCUGUCCAGGUCGUGAACCUUGAUCCUGCAGCAGAACACUUCAACUACUCCGUAAUGGCUGACAUCCGGGAGCUGAUCGAGGUGGAUGACGUGAUGGAGGAUGACUCUCUGAGGUUCGGCCCCAAUGGAGGAUUGGUGUUUUGCAUGGAGUACUUCGCCAAUAACUUUGACUGGCUGGAGAGCUGUCUUGGCCACGUGGAGGAUGACUACAUCCUUUUUGACUGCCCAGGUCAGAUCGAGUUGUAUACGCAUCUGCCUGUGAUGAAACAACUGGUCCAGCAGCUAGAACAGUGGGAGUUUCGAGUCUGUGGAGUUUUUCUGGUCGAUUCACAGUUUAUGGUGGAGUCUUUUAAGUUUAUUUCUGGCAUCUUGGCGGCCCUGAGUGCUAUGAUUUCUCUAGAAAUUCCACAAGUUAACAUCAUGACGAAGAUGGACCUGCUGAGUAAGAAAGCUAAGAAGGAAAUUGAGAAGUUUCUAGAUCCAGACAUGUAUUCUUUAUUAGAUGAUUCCACAAGUGAUUUUAGAAGCAAAAAAUUCAAAAAAUUGACUAAAGCCAUAUGUGGACUGAUUGACGACUACAGCAUGGUUCGAUUUUUGCCCUAUGAUCAAUCAGAUGAAGAAAGCAUGAACAUUGUAUUACAGCAUAUUGAUUUUGCCAUUCAGUAUGGAGAAGACUUGGAAUUUAAAGAACCAAAGGAACAUGAAGAUGAGUCUUCUUCUAUGUUUGAUGAAUAUUUUCAAGAACGUCAGAAUGAAUGA